AGCCCCACCAGCCGCGACGGCGAUGCCGUUGCCGACCGCCCGCGCUCGCGUGGGCGCCCGGGCCUCCGUGCGAUGCCGGCCCGGGGGAAGAGGCGAGGCGACGCAGCCGCGCCGCAGCCGCACGCCAAGCGGCGAGGCGGAUGCGGCGACGGCACGGACGGAGACGCGGCCGAGGCCCUGGGCGGUGGGCGAUCGCUGGCGCUGGAGUUCCGCACCCCUCGGGAGGCCAGGGGCUGGGCGAAGCAGCGGGCGCGCUUCCUCAACGGCAAGAUGGCCGAGUACGCCGCCCGCAAGCAGGAGGGCAAGGUGAUGCAGUUCCUGGACUGCUUCUUGAAGGGCGAGAGCGAGCAGAAGUUUGGGUGCCGGCCGACUGUGCACACCUGGACCACGCUGAUCAACAUGUACGUGAAGCUGGGAAAGGUGCAGGAGGCCGAGGAGGUGUGGAGGGAGAGGCUCCUGCCCACGGCCGAGCGGGGCUUGAGCGAGCACGGGGCGCCGGCCCAGGGUGGUGCCGAAG